UCCACCAGCGUGCAUCGACGCACGCACGAAGCAUCGCUCAGCAUAGCACUGCGCCACCGUGAUCACGAGCACGCGAAAGCAUAGCGCCGUUUCAGUUGCGUUCGGAAAGUUGUUGAGCUUAGCACGCGUGUAUUGUGGUCCAACGAGUCUGUCUCUUCUGGUGCGUAGUGUUGUAUGGUCGAAGCCGUUUCCUCGCGUAUCAUAGUGUGUGGCAACAUACACAUACGGUGCUGUAUCGGUGUGUUAAUCAGGUGGUCACCAUCUUGCAUUGUUUUCAGAAGCGUAGCGCAUCAAAGCAACCCGCAUUUUCAGUGCCGAAGGUUGGUGCUCCAUUUGUUCCUAGCGGUCGCGCUUGGUUUUUGUGGUGAAAAGUUAUAUCGAAAGCUUGCAACAUCAUUGUGCGUUUGUGUGUGUGUCUGAAGAGUGCAACCAUAUUCGUAUAAGUCUUCGUGCCCACAAAGGAGGCUGCUGCAGCAGUUGACGCCACAGAAAGGCUAGACGAAGAAAGCGCAUCCAAUUCCGGACGGGAGCAUAGUAACGCAGCAGGAACGCAUCCAUCCAUUCCGGCCAACAGUAUCCAUCAUGUCCAGCAGUAUUCAGAUUACGGCCGACGACAAACCGGCAACCGGCUUGAUCACACCGACCAAGACACCGGCACCGCCGGUGUCCAGCAUUCCCUCCAGCCCGUCGCAUCUGCAGCUGCCGUCGCCGAUUAUAACACGCCGCACCAGAACCGCUUCAACAUCUGACCGUGCGAUGCGUAACCCGAUCGAGGAGGGCAAGGUGAAGUCGUUCAGCAGAAGCAAAGGCCACGGUUUCAUCACGCCGAAUGCCGGCGGUGACGACAUCUUUGUGCACAUUUCCGACAUCGAGGGUGAGUACGUGCCGCUGCCCGGGGACGAGGUUAGCUAUCGGCUCUGCUCGAUACCGCCCAAGUACGAGAAGGUGCAGGCCAUCCACGUGCAGAUAACGCACCUAACGCCGGAAAAGCAUUCGCGCUGGGAAACGUGCAUGAGCCACGACGAUGGCCAUCGGCUCCAUUAGGGUCGGUGGAACGAGCCGGCGCCGGAUCAGCUUCAUCAGCAGCAACAGCACCAGUAUGCGGCUGCCGCGAAAGGGAAGCACGAUUCACGCCGGUGGCCCGAUAUAUCGUUCGAUUUUGCGUAGGAUGAUGAUGAGUGCAAGCGCGUCAACAGCAGCAGAGUAGUGUCGACAGAGGAAGGACAGGCGAUCGCAAGAGUGCAGCAGGGUACGGAAAACCCGGAGUGGAGACUUUAUUAACCGUCGGUAAUAUGUUCAGUAUUUUUGUUUAUUAGAUAGAGGGUGAACAGCGAUCAAUGCGGGUGAAGAUCAUUGGGAAAGAGGUGAUCGGCCUUGUUCCUCUGUUUAGUUUCAGCGUGCACGCAAGUGCUUCAUUUAAAUGCACAAACACGGAUAAAUAAUCGAUUAUCAGCUUCGAGCGGUGCUGCAGGUCUGGGUUUGGCGCAAUUGGCAAAAAUAACAUCCCCAAUAGCGAAGCGAGAGUAAAAAAAAGUAGGAGGCAAAAUAGGGAGGAGUUGCAAGACUAUCUUAAAGCGAGAUUUUGCUGACCCAACUUAAGCACUGGCGAGCGAGAUGCGAAACUGCUAGGAUGGGAGACGGGGCAGGAAACGGUUUUAAUUAAUAUGUGAAAACGUUGACCCACAAAUGGUGUGCACACAAGCCGUGGUUGGACAAAGCAAAGCCAGAAGAGAUAGAUUAGCCGCAAGGAAUAAACCGUUGCAGCAGCUGUGGUGCGCAGCCAGCCUGUGUGUCAGCGUGCAGCAAAAGCAGACCCAUAAAAUUGUAUCCUUCGCUCGUGUGCUGGUGUGCUCUAAUUUGUCCUAACCCUCCACCGUGGAACAAUGAAUCUGGGGAGAGGAGCGUUCCAUGGUGGUGGGGAUGCUAAAGGGAAAAAAACUUUGCCACCGGCCAGAAACACAGGGACGUGCCACAACUACUCGAAUGCCCCUGGCUUAGUAGCUCGCUUCUUAUCGCCUAAUUGCUAUCGUUUUUAGUUCCAUCGUUUUUUCGUUUUGCUCUCCCCAUCACACGCGUUUCGGUGCUGAAGAAGCUGAAGAAAGCAAGACAGAAUGAUACAUAAAUUCAGGUCGCUGUCGCCAUCGUCAACGUGGGGUGGCAAAUAAAGCGAAGCACCACACAUACAUCCCUUUUACGAUUAGAGAAAUAAGCUCUUCCUGCCGAGUUGUUGGUGGGCGCUUUGUAUUAAAUCUUGGGUGGCUGACGGUAUCCGAAUCUAUUGUACAACGAAAAUUAGAGCGGAAGCAACGGGAAGCAUAGAAGCGUUAAUACGCAUACAAAGAGGAGAGCUGGUGCAAAAAGUGAUGAGGCUAAUUGACAUUAAUUCAAUUUGCAAUCAGGACGAUGAUAAUAGAAGCGCGCGCUCUUAAUUGUGCUUAAAUCUUUCAACGAGUGGGAAACGCAUUGCAAAAAAUUCGGAACAAUGGAACGAUGCAGGUUCAACGGGCAAGCUUCUAAACUGCAAAGCCAUCCCAAAGCAGCGGAAAAGCGGUGGAAAACCAUUUGAAUACAUUUUGUAAGAAUUUAGAGCGAGCGAAACAUGUACCGGGGGGGCAACAUAUAACGCUAGAUUUGUAACAGAUUUAAUGAACUAAAGAAAAGGUUAAUCGAGAAAACAAAAACAGGAAAAAGGCGCACAUAGAUGCAAAACAGAAAGCAAAAAUUUGCCAAGCGAUGCGUGUGUGUGUGUGUGCCUGUACAUCUUUUUUGGAGUAAUUUUUCCCGUGUGUUCUCCGGGUUAGCAAAACAACAACAAAAACACGUGCUCGAUGCGGUUCCGUAACGGCUUUGACAGAAGAAAAAACCGCCUGAAAGUAUGCAAUCGGCAGUUGUCCGUUCAAACUAAAGCCCGGUAUGUUGUGUGUGUGUGUUGCUUUAGGGUUAGAAACAGAAAUGCAAGCUCAUCCAUCCAUCAACGGAAAGAUUAAUAUUUAGAGGGAGACAGAGAGAGGGAGAGAAAAACUACGUAAAAAACAACAGCAGGUAAAAAAAACAGGAAAACAACGGCCACUAAACAAAGGGCAAGAUUUAAAAUUUAUACCCCAUCUCAAGCGUACAUAAUCACCUCUUUGGGGCAUUUUUGCGCGUGCAAAGGAAGCGGAUUAUUAAUCGGAUUAUCCGCGGAUGAGUGAUUAUUCCGCUCGCGGUUAAUAAAAGCCAUAACCACCACAGCAAAUCUUACUCAAUAAUCAGGCGACGCACACAAUGUUUGAGGGCUGGCGACAAAACAAGCACAAGGCACAAGCUGUUAAGAAUUUAUACGUUUACCUCAUCGAUAGCAAAAAGGGGAAGCUGCUAGGAAUUUGGACAAGAAAUCCGUUAUUAUAAAACAAACAAACAAAAAACCCCUCCCUAUAUAAGAAAUCAUACCAAGCCAGCACGCAACGCUCCAUGCCAGUGAUUGCAACAGCAAAAUAAAAACAAACAUAACGAAGGAAAGUAAAUACCUUACACCUUACCAGUACAUAUAUACCUAUAUACAUAUACAAGCAUCCUUAAACUAUAGGAGUAAACUGCCGUAAUGCGCCUCACACGUCCACUGUUUCACCUGCCCCAGAUCAGGCAUAUAAAUGUAGUGCCAUUUUUAAAUGGAAAGACCACGCUGUUUGGCACGUUAUCCGUACCUUAUCCCGUAUUGGAGUAUUGCCUCCAAAAAACUGCUUCUACUCUCCACCCGGUCGUUAUUUUUUUGUUUAAGGAUUGCAUACCGAUGUGGACCAACGAAAUGAAACGCGGCAAAACAGCAGCUUAGGCGCGAUGGCGCCAGGGGCAAAAAAAUACAAGACCAAUUCUAAUUACAUUAGAGCGAGCUGAGUUUGGAAUAGAAAAAUCCCUUCACGAGACCCCACGCACAGCAUCCGUUGCGAUUCAUCCUUGUUUUUUUUCGGGAGGCAUGAAUUGAAUUUUAUCUACGAAAUUCGAUAACUUUUCCUUACGCGUGUUCCCCCCAAGCUUCAGGAGCAAAUCAGCUCGACACGAGAAUUGUCUGAAGUAAGCAAAUGAAAUAAUGUUAUAAUCCUUCCCCUUCCUGGUGGGUCCUUUUCGCACACACACACAAACUUUAUUUUAUGUCUUGCACGUUGUAGAAGAAUUCACAAGAACGGCAGGUUGUUCUUCGUGUGGAAAAUUUGAUCUGGGUAAUUAUAUUUUCCGGAAAUGAUAGCAAAAAACGCACGCACACGCUGAGGAAUCGAUUUCCCUCUAGGGGGUCACCCGCCUUUCUGUCGGUGUGUGUGUGGUACCGUUGAAGGUGUUAACUCUAUCUUGGAAAAUAAGACUUUUUCUAACUUUUUUUGUUUUCUCUCUCCUUUUGCUAGAUUGGAAACGAUCGUGCUCGUUCGAUCUUAGGGAUGUCCUUUAUGGAUUUUUUUGCUUCCGUUUUCGGUUAAUUUUCUUUCGUGAGGUCCGAUGCACGGAAAUAAAGGGUGGAAAAGGGAUUUUUUUCUCGGUUAAGUUUCCCCAAACCUUCCAAUCAUAUAUCUGGGCCAAACAGCAGCAAUCGAACAAGGGGGAAAGAAAGAACACAGAAGCACCCCUAAGGAAACCCAAAAUGAAUGUUUGCUGUUAUACUCUAUAGUAGUGUUUUGCAUUAGAUGUACUGAAUGCUGGAAACCUUACCCCAACCCAAAAGCCCCUCGUGUUUGUACCAUUUUGUAAGUUUCGUCGUAAGCAAAGACUGCGUAAAUUGCGUGCGAAAAAAAAGAGAGAAAGAGAUGGGGAAGGAUAUGGCAAAUAAGGAGAGAAAUGGGACCGUUACUGUGUGUGUGUGUGUGUGGGAUAGUAAAAACAAAUAAUUGGGGGGAAAAAACCUACUUGGAACCACAGGAAAAGGGAGUAAGAAUACGCGCUCCAAACAUACAUAAGGCGCGCAUGAAUGAUAUGGGUUUCAAUAAACGUGCGCUGAACGGUACGGCCAAGGAUGAUUCGUUAAAUGUUUUAAA